GGAAGUCCUGGAUAGCGUUUCCACCCACAAGUUUCUAUAAGAACUAUGCUCUGUAGCCAAUCACAAUCAAGGAAAGACAGCAAAUAUUCAUAAAAUGCACUCGAGGUUCACUUCUCAUUUCCCCCAAAUCUUGAAGCUUUUCUCCCUAGGACAUUAUAUAUCAGAGUCACCCGGAUUAAUACGACACUUUAAUGAAUAUACAGAUCACACAUUAUAUCGUUUUGUCAUGUUAGAAGACUAGAGUGAUAAUCUUAGAGUCUUGCUGGUGUUUUCUCAGGAACUGUCAACUUGUGAUGACGUCCCCUUGAAAUAUCUAUUUUUAUAGGCCUUACGCCAAUAGGCGUUUAAAAUCCCGCGACCGGGAGAGUAUUUCAUUAGCGCCGGCAUCAAUAUCAUUGGUGAUCAAUAAACCUACAUCACUUUAAAUCAUUUUCCUGGAGAUGUGAUAUUCAUACUCAAUUUAAUUCUCUCGGGAUGCUUUUGUGUGUUUCGCUGGAAGAUUUUCUUCUUUGGAACUAUCGGAUUUAAACCGAAAGAUGCCUGUAACUUGGAUGACAUAUGUAGGUCUCUUGCUUAUGUUUUCGGCAUUUGCUGCUGCAGGCCACACCAAUCAAAAUCCAAGCAAGAGACUGUGCCCUUCUGGUUUCCAUCACUGGAACUCAUCAUGUUAUUACAUAGAUUCGUCAUCUCUGAAAACACGUGAUGAUGCUCAGAUCAUGUGCUCGAAUCUCGAAUCCCAAUUGGUCGACAUCACAUCAAUCGAAGAAGGUGAAUUCAUCCGAUCACUUGCGCUCGCUGAGAAUACAACUAUCCCUUAUUGGAUUGGCUUGGAAGAUAAAAAUAAGGUCUGGCAUUGGAUGGACGGAUCACCUUUGACCUUUACCAAUUGGGAUUUCGUCGAAAAUGGCCCCCAAAAUGUUGGUGCAGACUGUAUUCGAUUGAAACCUACAGGAUCAGGGUAUCGCUGGAACGAUAAUAGAUGCGAUAGUGAUUAUUUGGCUCUGUGUGAAGGGAGAGAAACAGAUAGUGUCUGUUCCGAUCUGGAUUUGUUUAACUCUUCUUGUUAUUAUGUGAGUGAUAGCGAUCUUCAUCGAGACCAAGCCCGGGUUUAUUGCCAAAGAGAUGGAGCACAUCUGGCUUAUAUAGAGACAGAAGACGAGAAUGAUUAUAUUUUUGAUUUUAUCAUGAACCGUACAGCAAUUUACGGGUUCAACCAAUUCUACUGGAUCGGUUUGACGAGGCGUCUUGCCGGCAGUGCCCAAGAUAAUCUCGCUUGGAUGAGUGGAGAGCCACUGAUAUAUUCUAAUUUUGGUGAUCUAAGCUUCGGUAGUGGAUGCCUUCAGAUAAAGCAGACUAAGUACACCACAUGGAUUGCUUCAAGGUGCAAACUUGUCAAUGGAUAUAUAUGCAAGAGGAAAGAGCUUUCGAGACAUCGGCACCAAAAACGUGAAAAACGGUUCACGAUGAAACGAGGAAACAGCGUACCAAUUUCGGAAUCUAUCAUCGCUGACGUCACAACAGCAAGUACCAUAGGAUGUGCAUCUCUAUGUACAUAUCAUCAAGAGUGUGUAUCAUUUGCCUACAAUCAUAUGAAUAGGAGAUGCAUCGUAUCUAAUAAAGCAACUGGGACUAGUUCUGGAGGGCAAGAAUUCUACCAGUACACCUCUGUUUGAACAUUAAUAUUCCCAUGCUCUUUGUCCCCAUUGCCGAACUUAUCCCACCCAGACCCGAUCAAACCCGAUCAAUAUAUAUUUUCGGCCAGAUCGCUCAGCAAGGAUAUCGGGAAUGCACUUUAGAUUCAGAUUCAGAUUCAGAUUUAUUUCCAACAGAAAUAACAUAAAUAUUGAUACAAAUCAUUUUCAUACAUUGUAACAAAUAUUUGCGAUACAAAUCAUUGUCAUUAUAAUCAUAUUAAAAAAACAUCCAUGAUAAUUAACAUAUAAAGAUAUAUACAAAAUGUGGUGCCUUUCGUAGACAAAUUAUAAUAUAUAAUUUAAAUAGAAAAAAAAGGUAUCUGUGGAAAUGGGAGAUUCACUCUAAAGCAAAGCUUGUAUAAUGUGAAACUCCCUCAAGGAAGAGAAAAGAUGAGAGAGAGAGAGAGAAAGAAAGAGGGGGGGGGGGAGAGACGCAAUGGUUGCUAUUUGCCUACGGAGACUUACUGAAUAGAUUAAAAAGAACAAGAUAACCCACAGAACAAGACAAAACUAAUAAAGAGUAAAAUACCACGAAGAAAAAAAAAACAAGAACAGGACGACAAACAUGAC